AACGCAGUGCUUAAUGGCGGUGGGAUGCUGGAAGCGGGGAGCUGGCGCGAAGAACCAAUUAGAUCUCAACUCUCAAAUUACUACCAUUUCCCUUUUGAGGUUGAGAUCGCACUAAGAGACGUGAAGACUUAAGAUUGAGCUUCUUCUCUGAACAAUCACACACUCAGAGAUGCAGAAAACGGCGCAAUCAUGGUUCGUCGGAGGACCAAGCAGCACCACUACAUUCAACGAUCAACAGCAACCCAAAUCCUCCUCUUUACUCGCUGAUUGGAAUGCUUACGCCGCUACUCAGGAUGCUGAUUCUUCUAAUCUAGGCUUCGAUCUCGAAGCUGCAGUUCGUACAACCAGUGACAAAGUCACUGGUACUUUCAGCGUGGUAUCAAAAGGAGUGAGAGAUUUGCCUGGCAACUUUCAGUCAGCCACUAGCAAUGUUCCUUCUGGGAAAUCUCUCAUGUACUUUGGUGUGCUCCUUGCAUCUGGAGUGUUCUUCAUCUUUAUCGCAUUCACCAUGUUUCUUCCUGUCAUGGUGUUGGUGCCUCAGAAAUUUGCUAUCUGUUUUACCAUUGGUUGUGCUUUUAUCAUUGGUUCAUUCUUUGCACUUAAAGGCCCAAAGAAUCAAUUUGCUCAUAUGUCUUCAAAGGAGAGGCUCCCUUUUACGUUGGGAUUUAUUGGUACCAUGGUUGGAACCGUAUAUGUCUCUAUGGUCCUGCAUAGUUAUGUUCUUUCUGCGCUCUUCUCUAUUUUACAGGUCUUUGCUCUAUCAUACUAUGCCAUUUCAUACUUCCCUGGAGGAUCAACUGGGCUGAAGUUUCUUUCUUCAACUUUUACCUCCUCAAUACUGAAAUGUUUUGGAAGGUGAUGCAGCUAUUGAUUUUUUUUUAAAAUCUCAAAUUGAAUUCUUUGAUCACCCAGAAGUUUGUUAUAUUAUUUUGUAAGAUAGGAAAUGCUCAUGCUGGAACACCAUUGCGUAGUGUUUGCAGUAAAAAUAUGUUUGUAGAAUUCAACUUGUUUCCUUCAUAUGCUCUAAGAAAUUUUUCCUCAAAUAUUGAUUAUAUUUGUAUAUAUUCCCUCCUUUUUGUUGGAUGAGGUUUGUUUGAUAUGCUCUAAGAUAUAUUUCCAUGAAAGUUGAUUAUAUUUUGUAUA